GGCGUCACGGCUGAGCAUCUCUCGUGCCCUCCGCCACAAGAUUUCCAACCCCCACGACAGGACCAUUCCUCUCGCCCCGCCUCCGCCUAUAAAGCCCCGGCCUCCCGUUCCUCCUCUCCGGCGACCACAAGAAGCAAGACUUUGUCCCUACGCACGCACGCACACAAAGCAUCCAUCCGGCCCUCGGUUCCUAAGUCAGCGGAGUUUUUGUCCGUGUUGAUCGAUCGACGCUCGUCCUCUUCGUCGCCGGCAUGCAGCGGAGCAACUCGUUCGGGACGUCGUGGGCGGACCAGUGGGACACGGGCGCCGACCCGAGCCCGCGGGCGCGCGGCGGCGGCAACGCCGGCGGCGGCGGCAAGAAGGGCGGCGUGGAGAAGACCAAGGCGGCCGCGGCCACCGGGCUGAAGAAGGUCAAGGCCGGCACCGCGCAGGGGUUCCAAUGGAUCAAGGACAAGUACCAGAAGAAGAGCGCCGGCAAGAACGGCAAGCAGGGCGGCGGCUCCGAGGUGGCGGCCGGGUACUGACCGAUGAUCCGAGACGUCCUCCCUCGUGCGUCGUGCGUGUGGAUAUAUAUGGAGUACUAGUCAUGGACCGAUGAUGUUCUUGUUUUAUUAGUGUUGCGUCUGCGGACUGCUUAGCUUGCUCUGUUUUUAGCCUUUCUCAUGUACAUAAAUGAAGGGUUUGGUUUUGCUCUUGCUCUUCA